GUUGUCUCAACUUCAUCAAAUAGUCGUUUUAUUUCUGUGUGUUGUAUUCGUGCCACGUUGUACCACAAGGCUGUAUCGUUGAGUGGGGGUAUAAAGAACGUCACCAGCGCUCUUAUCUCUGUUAGGUUUAAACGUUUAUGACGGAGUGACUCUAAACAGAACCAAAAUGAUCUUCAUAACGAGAGGUAAAGUUAGCAUUUUUUCGAUUUUUAUCCUUGGUUUGACCACCUUUCUCAUGUACGCCUCAUACCAAGUGAAGUUCGGACAAGAUAUUAGCCAACCCACUCACAGCAACAGCACAAUAGAUGAGAUCGUCUCUCGAAAGGUUGUUCUAACUCAAGCUACAGCCACGGAAAAACCCACAAAUAAUUCAUCGCCAAAGCCUUUCGUUUAUCUCACUCAAACAGAGCAAUGCCUUCCCUCAAACUUUGCCUCUUCUUCCGAGAUCGGCGACCCCGAGACAUGUAACUGUGAUGUCAUAGUGCUAAGCUUUCGUACCAAAUGUCAAGUGCAAAAGUCGCCUCACAUCACUUAUCUGUUCUAUCCCAAUACUGGAUGGGGAACGGGACGAAAUGUUCUGUAUUUUGCUGCCAUAACGAGAUCUCCAAAAUACCAUUAUUACAUUUUUAUGGAUGAGGAUGUGGUGCUGCAUUUACAUUCAAUUGCUCCUCCACAAAUGAAGAGGCUUCCGCCGUUUAGAGUCUUCGAACAAUGGCUCCUAGAUUACGAGCCAGCAGUUGGCAUUGUGAAUUACUCAGCGCAUCAUAAGGGCAUCUGGACCAUUGAGCUACGAAAGAAAAUGUGUAACAAGAGGGACAGUCCCCUUGUGAUACCUAUACUAUGGUUCGAUGCUCUUUUCAAUGCAUUUCAUUACAAAUCUAUUGAGCAUCUCUUCCCUUACCGUACGCAGUAUGAAAGCAAAUCCUGGUGGUCAUCGCAAUACUACAUGUUUUCUGCUGUGGAACUGAUAUUUCGAGGUCAGGCAUUGAUGUUUGUGCCCGUUAUUGCGGGAAAUCCAAAACAUCGCCCAUACCCAAGGUCUAUAGAGAACGAAAACACAAGGUGGAGAGAUUACAUCGAUACGAUUCGACAGGAAGCUCCUUUAAUUUACAGAAAUCAGACUUUAUUCGAAGAUUUUAGGCAGAAUCUUGAGGGUUACGUCGACAACUCGACAACAUAUUGCAUGAAUGUAACACGGCGUCAACAAAUUAAACCAUACAGUCAUUUUGAUUUUUAGACAGAGAUCUAGUUGAUGAGGUUAGUGAAGAGGUAAACUAUAGUUCAGCGAUUUUCUAAUUUUUUCUUAUUCUAGGCCCAAUUCGUGGAUGAAAUGCUGUAUCCAUUCAAAUUAUAGGCUGCUUUGUUUAUAAAGUUGUUGACCUGUGAUUUUCAUCAAAGUGAUGUCCGUGAGGAAGAGUACGACUGUCACAUUGGGAAUUAAACCAUUUUUCACGUGUCGGUUGCACUCAGUUUAUUUACCGGGGAAGUAUUUCCUGAUCCAUAUUUUUUAUUCAAUAUAUGUGUGUUAUGCUUUCUUUAGUUAACCGGCCUCAUUAAACUGUUCAGACCUCUGAAUUCAAAUUUUUAUUCUGACCGGAAUCAUUGCUCUCUGUUUGAACCCAAAGAUUUAGAUCGCUUUCUUGAUCCGUAUUUUGAAUAAGUUUGAGAGCCUUGUUGAGGGCCAUCCGACAGGAAAAACGUGGUCUUUAACAAACAGAAGUAGAGGUCUAUAUCUUCAUCAAUGUAAAUUGUGCAUCAAAUUAUCGCAACCAACCGUGUUUUGAGAUGCCAAAGGGUGAACAAACUUUUCCGAAAUUAGACUUUAAACGGUGCCAUUCUAAAAACAUCAUAGUAACGUGGCCUUAAAUUCACAACCAUUAUGCGAGCUUCACAAAAGGCUGCUGCUUUAUUCUUCCAAAAAAAGACGAUUAUAUGAGUCGAGAAUGCCUUUUUGUGGUGCCACCAACUAUGUAAGCAGACCGCCAAGCGAUGAAAAAAACAGCAGUGAGACUUUUCAGAAGUCACAGUUAAGCAGCCAGACUGUUUAGCAUAAUUCAAAAUGGUGUCGGUCGUUGUUCAUUUUUAGCACAUAUGACGAUAAAUACAGAAAGUUAGUUUGUCCUAGGAGGGAGGAGGUGACUUUAUUAUUUUCCGGUAUAAGCGGGAGUUAGAAGUCACUGCUAAUGUGACGUCACAUAGCAACAAAACAAGCGCUUCGCAUAGCUUGCUCAGUUUAGCGAGGGAACGCUAUCAGUAAGAAACAAAGAGAAGGCCAAUAGAGGCCAUUUUUAAGUUACUACUAACUAAUUUACCAUGUGUGUGCGAGGUAUGUUGUAUAUAUUGCCUUUGAGUUUAAUCGUUUAUUUUUUUGUGAAAGUGAUUGUCUGUAAUUUCACUGACGACAAUUCUGGGAAAGUGAGCUGUCCGCCAUAUCGACUUCGGAACGCGUCAAGACAAACCGAAACUAACGAUGUCUUCUUUGUAAGCCUCAUAAAAAGUUUUUCCUUUUUAAUAAAAUAGCUAUACCCGAUGUUAUCUGGGGUCAAUCUAACCAGUCAUUCUGCUCACCAAUCCUUUUAACUUUUAGGUAGUUAAUUCAUCGAAUUGUACUGAACAGUGGUGAACCAAGGGUGCGUAUUUAUUUUGUCAGCUUGUGUUGUUAAGCACUUAGUGAGAGCCAAAGACUCUUGAGCGUUUAGGAUGCUGCCUUGUGUUUUGAACUUGUGUUUAGUAUGGUAAGUAUAGUAUUAGAUAUUUAGGCCCACACAUAUGAGGCAAGAUUAGCCAGAAACUACGCAGUAAGACCAGUCUUCAGGCUUUCAGGAAAGGGGUGCUAUAGAUACUGAUGAAAUACCAGGAUUUUUCUUUUUACUAAAAAAUCAUCUUCAUCGCGCGCAGUGAAGAUACUAUUUUUAUCUUUCACGUGUGAGGAUAUUGGUGUCGCCAUGGUUACUAACAUAAUUAGCCAAUUACAAGAGGGCUUCCUGCUCAGGCGCGUGGCCGGUUCUUUUGAAAUUUCAUUCACAAAAUGGCUUCGAGGUGCGAAGACAGGACAGUUACCAGUGACUUUCUCGACGAGCUACCAAAUUUUCACACCGAUACUUUUUCAAGCUUGAAGAACAUUCAGGAAGAUUUGCCGAAGUCUCGGAAAGUGAUGUCGAAAAUAUAAGAAAAAU